ACGGCAGGGGGCCUCUCGCUGUUUUCAUAUCGCUGCACGUCUCUGGUCAAAGUAGGAGAAAAAGAAAAGGCCUCUCACAGCUGAGGAAAAUGGCCGACGUUGAAAUGGACAUCACGUCCAGAAGAAUGAAUUAUGCCAACGAACACGUGAAGCAGGAUCUGGAGAGCCAGGAACGAAGUGGAAAUGAGGAUAGCGGAGACAUGUCUGAGGAAGAAGAGGAGGAAGAGGUAGGGCUGGACAACAGCAGACCAGUGGAGGAGGCCGAAACUAACGGCGAGAAGACAGAGGAGGGGUCCAAGCAACAAAGCAGCAGUGGUAAACACAAGAGGAAAAAACACAAGCACCGGAGUAAGCACAAAAAACACAAACAUGCCUUGGACGAGGACAAGGACCGCAAACGCAGACACCGUCAUAAACAUAGGAAACACAAACGCAAAGAGGGCACCUCUCCCUCUGGUGCUGGCCUCUUGGGUGCCUCCGGCCAUAAAAAAGUUGAGUCCUCUCCCUCCUCUGGAAAUCCAAGUCUGGACGACAGGGCCUUGCUGGAGGACUUGGAGAAGCAGAGGGCCAUGAUCAAAGCUGAGCUGGAUAGCCAGUUAAUGGAGGGCAAGGUUCAGUCUGGCAUGGGCUUGAUCCUUCAGGGUUAUAACUCUGGAUCAGAAGAGGAUGGAGAGGCCAAGGUAAGAAAUGGAGAACAGCGUCAAAGGGGCAGUUCAAGUAAACAUCUAUCUCCAAGAGGAGGAAAAAGUGGAAAAUCGAGACGGGACUCAACCGAGGGCAGUAAGUCCAGCUCCAAGCGUCGUAGUCGGAGUAAGUCUGCAGACAGGCCUGCUAAGGAGUCUAAGCAGGACAAGGUGACCAAAAGCACCAAGGACACAGGUGUUAAAGGCAGAGUCCGUGGCAGGAGCAGGUCGAAAGACAGAAAGUGUUCAGACAGCACUGAAAGGUCCAAGGAAAGGAGGAAGUCCAACUCUCCCUCUACCUGGAGAGGAGAGCAGAAAGGCAGUCGCGCUGAUAAACGUGCUUCUCCACAGCGGGACGACCGACCAAACCAGGAAAGGGCAACCAGACGGUCCAGAUCACCUGGACGGGAGCGGCCGAGUCGCUCUGACGCCGACCGGGACAAGCGGCCAGCAAAGUCUCCAUCCAAGGACGCGUCAUCUGGGAAAGAGAACCGCUCCCCUCACAGACGAGGGCCGCACAGCCCUGUGAGGAAACGCAGUGCUUCCCCUCGUCUCCGAGAGACCCGCCUCCCCUCUGCGAGUGCCACAGAAAGGACAUCCAAACAGAGCCACUCCCCACCCAGAAUAAGGUCCCCCCCCAGGAGAGGCCGAAGUCGCUCACCUGAUGCCAGGAAGAGGGAAGUUGACAGGCAGGACUCGCCGUUACGGAAACGCCCGUGGGCUGAUGCAGGGCCCGGUAGAGAGAGGUCACGAGAGAACAGUCCCAGAGCACCCGCCCGCCGCAGAAUGAGUCGCUCGCCCCUGAGACGGAGGUCCCCAUCCCCACCACGACGCUCCCGCUCCUCCCCUCGCAGACGGAGCAGGUCUCCACUGAGACACAGGUCUGGAGAGAGAGACAGGUACGGCAGGCUCAGACAAUACCGCCGCUCAAUGUCCCGCGAUCGGGGGAGGAGGAGAAGGCGCAGCAGAGAUGAAGACAAAUUCAAGGGUAGCCUUUCAGAGGGCAUGAAGGUUGACCAGGAAUCCUCAGGGGAAGAAGUGCUGGAAGACUUUGAUGGUGAGGAGGUAGAUGAAGAAGCUCUCAUUGAACAGCGUCGCCAGCAGCGCAUGGCCAUUGUCCAGAAAUACAAAGUGGGGAAUGAAGACUCUAACAUGGUGUCAGAGCCAAGCAGCCCCCAGAGCAGCACACGUAGCCGCUCGCCCUCACCAGAUGACAUCCUCGAGCGAGUAGCUGCCGAUGUCAAAGAGUAUGAACGCGAGAACCUCAACACCUUUGAGGCCAACAUCAAAGCCAAGCACAACCUCAUCGCCCAGGAGAAAGACGGAGCAAAUCCUAAGAAGCCCUCGGCCCCUGACAUGUUCACAGAGUCCGAUGACAUGUUUGCUGCUGACUUUGAUAGUGCCAGGAUGAGAGCAGCAGGUGUAGGAAAGGACUUCAAGGAGAACCCCAACCUCAGGGACAACUGGACUGAUGCUGAGGGUUACUACCGGGUGAACAUCGGGGAGACAUUGGACAAGCGCUAUGACGUGUACGGCUACACUGGCCAGGGCGUGUUCAGCAAUGUGAUCAGGGCCAGGGACACUGCAAGAGGCGGCCAGGAGGUGGCAGUCAAGAUCAUCCGAAACAACGAGCUCAUGCAGAAGACAGGUUUGAAAGAGCUAGAAUUCCUAAAGAAGCUGAAUGACGCAGAUCCUGAUGACAAGUUUCACUGCCUUCGCCUUUUCAGGCACUUCUACCACAAGCAGCAUCUUUGUCUGGUAUUUGAGCCGCUCAGUAUGAACUUACGAGAGGUUCUGAAGAAAUAUGGUAAAGACGUUGGACUCCAUAUCAAGGCUGUGCGCUCCUACAGCCAACAACUCUUCUUGGCCCUCAAGCUGCUCAAACGAUGCAACAUCCUCCAUGCUGACAUCAAGCCAGACAAUAUCCUGGUGAACGAGUCGAAGACCAUUUUGAAGCUGUGUGACUUUGGUUCUGCGUCCCACGUUGCUGACAACGACAUCACACCAUACCUGGUCAGCAGGUUUUACAGAGCUCCAGAAAUCAUCAUAGGAAAGCCGUAUGACUAUGGGAUUGACAUGUGGUCGGUUGGCUGCACUUUGUAUGAGCUUUACACUGGCAAAAUCCUGUUUCCUGGAUCUUCCAACAACCACAUGAUCAAACUAGCUAUGGAUCUGAAGGGCAAGAUGCCCAACAAGAUGAUCCGUAAAGGUUUGUUCAAAGACCAGCACUUCGAUCAGAAUCUGAACUUCCUGUACAUUGAAGUAGACAAAGUAACAGAACGGGAGAAGGUGACGGUUAUGAGCACUAUCAACCCCACCAAAGACCUACUGGCAGAUAUGAUCGGAGGCCAGCGGCUGCCGGAGGAUCAGAGGAAGAAGGUCCUGCUGCUGAAGGACAUGCUGGAUGGAACCCUGAUGCUGGACCCAGCCAAGCGCAUCAGCAUCAACCAGGCUCUGCAGCACCCCUUCAUCCAGGAGAAGAUCUGACUGCCGGACGCAACACACACUCCCGGAGCAGGCCCAGAACGAACCACUACACCAGCUCUGACAGGGACACAACGUCAUGGAUGUGUAUUCCUCCUCCAGAUUAUUUUGUUUAUGAAAGCAUCAAUGUGUUUUAUUGUAAAUAUUGAAAUGGUAGUCAUUGACAACAUUGAUUUUUGCGAUUCAUUAUUGUAAACUUCCCCUCAUACCCGCAAUGCAGUCAUGGACAUUUUUUAAUUUAACUGGCAUUGGAGUGACAUGUUUAAAAGAAAAGUAUAAUUACUGUAAAUACUGUAUGUCUAUUGCAUUAACAAUCUCAAGCAGAAGACAGCUCAGUUUUGUCGUAGUUGCAGACGUUUAACUACACCAUUCUUUUUUAACCACAUUGCUCAUUGUGGGGCGAUGCAUGCUUUUGAAUGUGCACCCUUUGUGCUCUAGACGUGUGUGGUGCAGGCUUGUGUAAAUGCUCUGUAUGUGCGUCCACUCCCCCUCCCCUCGUCCAGGCCUUGAGGUCGGCGCUGAAGGAAUAGAUACAUACUAUGUAGUCCUUGCAACGUAUUCUAUUUCCAAAGCAGGUGGUCAUGGUUUUCUGUUGCUAGACAUUUCCAUGUUUUGUCUUUUUUGAACCUUCCUCUCCCUCCAGCUCUCUGGCUCGGUCUUGGCUCUUAAGGCUCUCAUGUUCAAGUGCCUCCUGUACGAGCCUAGUGUGUUGAAACACCAAACAAUGCUGGCCCAGUGAAGCCUCACCUCUGACCUCUCCUGCUGCUGUAAAUAGUCCGUAGCUACUGUUAUUCCAUGUAUGAUUAUUUUGCUUAUGUUUUUUUCAUUAAGUGGUUAAAAAAACAAUCUUGUGAUUUCAAUAAAGAGUAGUUGUGGAAACGCUGCCGAAAGAGCACCUUCAAUCUAAGACAUUUUUUAGUAAUAAAAUGUUUCCUAUUGUAUACCAAA